CGGAUCUUCAAAAGCCUGCGUUCAAAGUGCAACAACACCCGUGUGCCUGCACCCAAUUCCUCCUGGAAACCUCACACAUACUUCGACAAUGCCGCCACGGAUACGGAUACGGCCGCGCGCUCUGCGCCUCCGCACUUCACACUCCUUCUCGCCCAUCAACCACACCUACGCAUCACUCGCAACAGCAACGACACCCGCACCUCCAAUUGAUCAGACGAUCCGGUCUGCGGCUCCAGUCCUGCGAUACCCGGCUAACCAGCCGCCCUCACACAAACCGCCGGAGGUCCGCAAGACACAGCUGCACCGACAAUACCAAUCCCUCCUCCGGUCCUCGCCCUUAAUCCUUCUUUUCCAGCACAACAACCUCAAGGCCGUAGAAUGGAUGAGCAUAAGGCGAGAGCUGGCCAUAGCACUCAACAAAGUUGACGCUGAGCGCGAGAAGAACGGCCAGGAAUUGUUCGCCAACGACAUCAAAUUGCAAGUGAUCCAGACCGGAAUUUUUGGCAGUGCGCUGCGUGUCGUAGAGUUCUACAACCCAGAGGAGACCCUGCUCGACCACGCACAACACCCGACAGACCCCCGCACAGCCACCAGCGCGCAAAUCCCACAGACGUCGAACAAGCCGGAGGACACGAGGUUCAAGCACGGUCUGUCCAGGGAGGCAUGGGAGGUCGCCUCGAACAAGAAACUGAAGCACGAGCUUGAGCCCCUGCUCUCCGGCCCAUUGGCCGUCCUUUCGUUUCCCUCCGUCUCGCCUGAGCACCUUAAGAGCGCUCUUUCGAUCCUCGCCCCCUCUUCAGAUUUCCCCGCCCCGAAGAGGAAGACCAACCCCGACUUGUACGAACCAGCUGUGCAGGGUGGCCUUCAGAAGCUCAUGCUGCUCGGCGCGAGGGUGGAAGGCAAGGUGUUCGACCAGGACGGCGUAAAGUGGGUCGGCGGCAUCGCAGGUGGCAUCGACGGCCUUCGUGCUCAGCUCGUCGCGGCGCUGCAAGGCGCGGGUGCUAGUCUCGCCAGCACGCUGGAGGGCGCAAGCAGGAGCUUGUACUUCACGAUGGAGUCGCGGAGACUGGACAUGGAGGAGACGGAGAAGGGCGAUAAGAAGGAGUAGAUGGGGCUUCGAGAGAGAGGCAAUUGCAUGUACAUGUACCAACACAACCAUUUCCCCCGCCAGUUAUGUAAAUCUAGAUAUACGUACACACAUACAAAAUGUACCGCCACCAAUCACGCUA